AUGGCAUCGUUUGCUAGUACAUUUGGUUCGUUAGAUGACGGACAACAUUUUUCGAGCAAUAUGGAUAUGAAUGCAACAAAAAAUACAGCUAAUCAUCAGGAAUCAAAUAAUUUUUCAAGUGUAGAUCUUGAUCAACAACUUAUACUAUCCAAAGAACAUCAUUCACCGUAUGUUAGUCUUCACGAUGCAGCUACAUUUCAAACUGAUUCAUUAUCAAUGACUGGCUCCAUAGUUAACAAUCCAUCUCGUACUUCGCCGUUUUCAUCUCAAGAAUUUCUUUCCAGUCGGAGUUCUUCCUCGAAUGUAAUUAAAAGUACAUCUACAAUUCCAGCUGAUCGAAGAAUAUCUAUUCCAGAUAUGGCGAAGUUAUCAGCAUCAUCGGCUGCAGCCGUUGCUGCUGUUGGGCCAACAAUUGACAAAUUUAAACAAUGGGGUCUUUCAACUUAUAAAUGUACGAAACAAUCAAUCUAUGAAAAAUUGGGCAAAACAACACGUACAGUUGAUGUUGAAAUUGAUACUCAAAUAGAGCAACUUAGAGAAACAAAACAGCGAUAUGAAAAUAUACUUGCUUUAGCUCGUAGUUAUUCGAAUCAUUUUUCUAAUUUAAUGCAAACACAAAGACUUCUAUCUGAUCAAUUUCUGGAAUUGAAACAAAAAUCAUUUCUUCUUUGUGAUGAAUUCAACUACAAUGCUGAAACUCAACGAGUAUUAGUACAAAAUGGUGAAAUAUUACUAAAUGCUUUAAAUUAUUUCAUAUCUACAUUGAAUACACUGUGCACAAAAACCAUUGAAGAUACAAUAAUUACGAUUCGACUUUAUGAAACAGCAAGACUUGAGUAUGAUGCUUGUCGAACAGAAUUGGAACUUUUAUCACAAGGUUCACAUAUGAAUGAGAAGCAAGAUGCAUUUCAAAAAUAUAAAGAAAAAUAUGAACAUUUAAAAUCUGAUGUCAGUAUUAAACUUAAAUUUCUCGAUGAAAAUCAGACUAAAGUUAUGAAGAAACAAUUGCUUCUUUUUCAUAACGCAAUAGCUGCAUACUUCUCUGGCAAUAAAGAAGCACUUGAUGCAACUAUGAAACAAUUUAAUUUGAAACUUAUCUCCAAUGGUAGCAAUAAUGAAGACAAAAAAUCAUUUUUAGAACAGUUAAACCAUUAG